UAGAGAGAGAAAGAGAAAGAGAAGACUCACGCUGUUUGCUGCUGCUGCGGCUUCCACCUUCCUUACAUAUCGGCAGUUACAAAAUGCAAUCUUAGAGAGAGAAAACUUGAUUUUGGAAUUGGAAGGAUAUCCUCUCUCCUCCUUCUCUACAGGGAUCAUUUCAUUUGUGGGAGAGAGAGAGAGAAAGAGAAGGCGGGGGGGAAGGUCUUUAUGCUCAGAUCAAAUCAGUCUUCAGCGAUCUUUUCUUCUAUCUUCAAGCCCUAGCUUUUGGGAGAAAUGGAGUUCGUUGGUAGAAUGUUGAAGAAGCAGUUCGUAGGGCGGCCUAUUGCUGUUACAGGAGUUGUAAACUUGUACGAUCAGUCAACUGGUCUCUUCGAUGUUUCAUAUGAAGAUGGCUGCACGGAGCAAUUGAACUUAUCCGAGGUUACAUCGCUUACGGGACAAAUGUUACUGAAUGAUCAAUCUGCUUCUGGCGAGAUUACCAAGAAAAAAAGCAAGGUAGGUCGGAAACCUAAGAAACGUCGUCGCCUUCAGGUUCUGAAUCCUGAUUCAGGUAAGAGUUCUGAUACUUUGAUUAGCAGUAGUUGUAAGGAGGAGGAUGGUGAGAGCUCUGCUGUGAAACAAAAAGGGUUUUUGGAAAAUCUUGGAAAUGAAUGUUUGAAUGAUAAUUCUUCUGCUGAUCGGGAUUUGGUAUGUGUUAGAUAUCAUAUGGAUGGUUCAGAUAAUGGUUUUAAUAUGAAUAAUAAUGGCUUGGAUUUGAAUGCUGCUUUGGAUUUGAACAAUGAUCAAAAUAUGCAGCUCAAGUUUGAUUGUGGAGGUGAGGUAAAAAGAAAUGGUUGCAUUGACCUCAACCUGGAUGCGAGCUGUGACGAUGAGGAAAGUGUAAGAGAAGAUGAUGCUGGAGUUUCUGCCAUGCUAGUCCAGGGAAACAAACUUUGUUUUGAUUUGAAUUUGGGCUUGGAUGAGGAAACUAAAAAUUUAGAUGUUUUUGAGAAUGAAGGAAUAGAAGAUAGUAAAGAAAACGAUAAAGUAGUUUGUUUGGAAGCUAAUGGAGUAAAUCAUUCUCAGAUAGACAUAUGCAGGUCCCCUGAGCAUCUAGUGGAAGAUUCAUUAACGGGGUUGACUGGAAAUACUCAAAGGGAAAGUACUGCUUCAAGCCCAGGACUUAAAGGAUCCGUUUCUCCUGCAAAUUUCGAAACCAAGGUUUUUUUGUCUCCAGAGGUGCUGAUGAAGGAGGCAUUUUCCGACACUGGGACUCCAAUAGAUUCCUCUUUGCAAGCUGAUUCAUUGAACGAUUCCCAAAGAACCAGAGGAAGGAGGAGGAAGCGGUAUGAUAAAGCAAACCCUCCGGCAGCAACUGUUUUGCGGAGAAGUAGUCGUAAACUUGCUACCACUCUUUCUGCCCAAAAUCACAUUUCAAGUGGGGCAAUUACCCUCGCGGAUAGUGAAGUGAAAUUAUCUAUCUUGACGAGCGUAGAAGAGGAUGGGAAACCUGAAACUUCUGAUCAUGAAGAAUCUGAAGACUGUGGUGGUGUUUCUACAAAACCUCAGUUACCUCCAUCUUCAAAAAAGUUAAAUCUAGAUGAAAUGCCUUUAUUUGAUUUGUUCUCAAUCUAUGCCUUUUUGAGGUCAUUUAGCACACUAUUGUUUUUGAGUCCCUUCGAGUUUGAGGGAUUAGUGUUGGCAGUAAAAUCCAAGACCCCUAACCUACUAAUUGAUUCAAUUCAUGUUUCUCUGCUUCAAACUCUAAGGAAACAUUUGGAGCUCCUUUCAAGUGAAAAUUCGCUUUCUGCUUCAAAUUGUCUCAGGAGUCUCAACUGGGAUCUAUUGGACUUAGUCACAUGGCCUAUUUUUAUGGCCGAGUACUUGCUAAUGCAUGUCUCUGCAGUGAAUCCUGGCUAUGAUAUUCGUGAGUUGAAGCUUUUUGAAAAUGAAUACUACAAACAACCAGAUCGAGUGAAGAUUGAGAUACUUCGGUGUCUAUGUGAUGAUGCGAUGGAAGCAGAAAGCAUAAUAUCCGAGCUUAACAAAAGAGCCCUGCUUAUUGAUUCUAACAUGGAUGGUGAACGCAAAUUGAAAGUUGAACGUUCUAAGAGGCAGAGGAUUGAUGUUUCUGGAAAUUCGUACUUGAGUGAGGAAGUUGAUGAAACAGAAGAUCAGAACAGUGACGAAUGCUGCCUUUGUAAGAUGGAUGGAAGCUUAAUAUGCUGUGAUGGUUGUCCCGCAGCAUAUCAUUUGAAAUGCUUAGGAGUUGCUAACAGUGAUCUACCAGAAGGUGAUUGGUAUUGUCCUGAGUGCUUGAUUGACAAAAGGAACCCUUGGGCAAAAUUAGGAAAAUCAAUUCGUGGGGCAGAAUUCUUAGGCAUCGAUCCUCAUGGUCGGAAGUAUUAUAGCAGUUGUGGCUUCCUGUUGGUGUGUGAUCCAAACGGUGUUGAACCUACAGAUCGUUAUUAUGACCAAAACGAUAUUAUUCUUGUCAUACAUGUACUAAAGAAAUUAAAGAGGCCUUACAAUGAGAUUAUGCAUGCUAUCGCUAAGGAGUGGAACAUUAACAUUGGCUCCAUUGGAUCUAUCCAGCCAUAUAAUUUUCAAAAUUCAGAGGCGGAUGGUUCUUUGGGAUCUAUGGCUUUAGUUGGCAAGGAGGGUAGGGAAAUCCAAUCUAUAAAUUGCAAUGACAAAUCGGACCUGAUUGAUACAAGAAAUGGUGGUAGGUUACAAGAUCAGUUGGGACCAGGCUAUGUGAACUUCUAUAGUUUUGCUUUUAGUGUCUCAUCGGUUUUGGAAGAGUUAACACAUAAAAAAUCUUCAGAUAAAGCUGGUGAGGCAUCUCUAAAAUCGAUAGAGGACAUCAUUUCGGCCCAGUUAAAGACCAUAUCUAAAAAAUCUAACAAGUUUAACUGGCCAAAUAUUCAGAAUUUAAGUGUUGGUGCUAGGAAAGAAAAGUGUGGCUGGUGCGUCUCUUGCAGAUCUCCUGAUUAUGGUGGAGACUGUUUCUUUAACCUGAAUGAUUCUGGCCCAUCUUUGGAAAACUUUACCUGUGAGGCAGUUGGUCUUUGUUCUAAACAGCUUGGAGGGAAAGGACAUUUAGCUGAUGUAGCGUGCUAUAUUCUCUGCAUGGAAGAUCGUUUGCGUGGGCUCCUAUCAGGUCCGUGGUCAAAGCCACAUUAUAGCAGUUUAUGGCGUCAAAGUCUCCUAAAGUCAACCAGCAUGGCUGAUAUAAAACAUUUAUUUCUUAUGUUAGAGCUUAAUUUGCACCAUCGGGCACUUUCAGCAGAGUGGCUGAAACAAGUUGAUACUGUUUCAACAUUGGGUUCUGCUUGUCAUAUUGUGAUCAACACAGCACGUGCAUCUUCAAAACAUGGGAUUAUCAGAAAAAGAGGACAGCCUUCACAUGUGGAAACUACUAAAAUUUCCUUAAAUGCUUCUGGUGGCUUGUGUUUACUUUGGUGGAGAGGUGGUAGUGUGUCACGUCAUUUGUUUAAUUGGAAGGUUUUGCCCCGCUCCAUGGCGUCUAAGGCUGCUCGGCAAGGUGGUUGUACAAGGAUACCUGAUGUAUCAUGUUCCGAUGGUCCUGAAUUUUCGAAGAGAAUCAAACGUGUUGCUUGGAAAGCUUCCGUAGAGUCAUCGAGAAGUGUGGAACAUCUGGCUCUCCAGGUUAGAGAGCUUGAUGCAAACAUCAAAUGGGAUGAGAUUGAGAACACCUGUCUUCUCUCAAAGGCGGAUCACCUCAGAAAAUCAAUAAGGCCAUUCAAGAAAGUUAUAGUUCGUCGGAAGUGCUUAGAAGGAAAUGUGGCGAAGUAUCUGCUUGAUUUUGGAAAGAGAAGAAUUAUACCUGAGAUUGUUCGAAGUCAUGGUGUCAUUGUUAAAGAAUCAUCAAGUGAUAGAAAGAAAUAUUGGCUUGAAGAAUCACAUGUUCCUCUGCAUCUGCUGAAAAAUUUUGAAGAGAAAAGAAUCACCCGCAAGUCCAAUGAUAUUAGUUCAAGAGAACAUCGGGAUUUUGCUGGAAUAGGAAAUAAGCAGCGGAGGAAGGAUAUAUUCUCAUAUCUUUCUUCUAAGGCAGAGAGGUCUGGGAAAUAUCAGUGUGGCCAAUGUAGCAAAGAGGUUCUAAUGAGGGAAGCUGUGAGCUGCCAGCAGUGCAAAGGCUUCUUCCAUAUGAAGCACGCGGGGAUAUCUGAUGGAGCCUAUGCUGCCAAGUGCAACUUUACCUGUAAGAAAUGCAAUAAGCAGGCAGGAAAUGGUAAAAAAGACAUUGUUGGCAAAAAGAAGACCUCCAAAGUCAAUAAAAUGUUGAAAUCUCGUAAAAAGAAACAUGUUGUAGUUGUGUCUCUUAGACGUUCUUCUAGGAUUAAAACUGUGACAGAGCAAAAUAAGAAGAAGUUUGGCGGACGGAAGAGAGGAAGACCACCAAAAUCCAAGAAAGCGACUUCAACAGAGAAACAGGAUAGUGGACGAAAGAGAGGAAGGCCACCGAAAUCCAAGGAAGUGACACCAACAAUUAAACAUGAUAAUGGAGGACGGAAGAGAGGAAGACCUCCAAAAUCCAAUAAAGUGACAACGACAGAGAAACAGAAAGCUAGUUGCAAGGGGAAAAGGACACGGUUCUCACGUAUUUAUUGGAUUAACGGUCUUAAGUUGUCUGAAGUAAAAGAUGACGAACGGGUUACAAACUUCAGGAGCAAGAAGCUUCUUAUCCCUUCUGGAUGUACAAUUCCAAUCCCAAACCCAAACCCAAACUGUGGCCUUUGUGGGGAACCAGAAUUCACAUCUUCAUUGAAUUAUCUAGCUUGCGAAGCAUGUGGAGAUUGGUUUCAUGGGGAUGCAUUUGGACUUGAUGAAGAUAACAUUGGCAGUGUUAUUGGUUUCAAGUGCCACAAGUGCCGAAACACUGAGCCUGUUGUUUGUCCCCAUCUGGACAACGAUGCAUCAGCAGCAGUCAAACUCAGUGAGAAUGAGCAACAGAAGUCAGCAGCAGAAGAAGAGGAAACGCCAGCAUGCAAACUCAGUGAGAAUGAGCAACAGAAGUCAGCAACUGCAGCAGCAGAAGAAGAAACGCGCAGUCUUCUUCCUUGUGUGAAUGGUUUUAGUCAUGAGGAGGAGCAGUUAUCGGAAGCUGCUACAGACAAAGGGACAUUAGAAGAAUUGGGAACAACAUAUGGCUUACAGGAAACUACUACUACUACUACUAAUGGUGUUUCUAUUGACUGCCUACCGCCACCUGCUAAAUCUGAUUUUAAUGGUUCUACAGACGCCGAAAUGGAUGAAAAACUUAGCGAUUAAUUCUGAAAGUUAUAGGCUCCAAGUUAAAAUAGGAAAAUGUAGGUUAAUUUUUCUUCCAUGUACAAUGUCAGUUGAUAAUCAUCCCAUAUCAAUUUUCUGAUUUUAUUUGAUUGGAAGUAGCAGUUAGUCAGUCAGUCAAUGGAUUCCUUCAUACUAAAGAUUCUCAUUGAAGUAGGAAUUUGAUCUUUUUUUUUUUCUUUUUUUUUAUUCUAACAGUCCCUUAUUUUCAUGUACAAAAGCUACUUAUAGUUUGAGUUACAGAGGAUUCAGCAUGUUUUUAUUUUAUAUGUUGUGUAAUUUAGU